AUGGGUAUUGUUUUAAGGUUUGUUGACAUAAAUGGUUAUUUACGAGAGCGGUUUUUUGAGCUAGUACAUGUCAAAUAUACAACUUCCAAGGAUCUUAAAGAAGAAAUUUCUAUGGUUUUAUCUAACCAUGAGUUGAGCAUUCAAAACCUUAGAGGGCAAGCUUAUGAUGGUGCUAGUAAUAUGCGAGGAGAAUGGAAUGGCUUAAAGGCUUUGUUCAUGGAAGAACGUCACUAUGCUUAUUAUGUACAUUAUCUAGCACAUCAAUUACAAUUAGCUCUUAUUGCUACAGCAAGGGAAGUAGCCGAGGUUCAUGAUUUUUUUAAAGAUUUAAUUUUCAUUGUUAACGAUGUUAGCUCUUCUUCUAAGCGUCAUGAUGAGUUACAAGCUAGCCAAAUAGCUGAAUUAGAGAAUUUAAUUGAGAUUGAGGAGGUUGAAACAGGAAAAGGAUUAAACCAAAUUGGUACGUUGCAACGUCCUGGGGAUACUAGAUGGAGCUCUAAUUAUAAGUCGAUUUAUAGUCUAUUAAAAAUGUACAAUGCUACUCGCUCAAUCCUUGUAAAAAUAGCCAUUGAUCGUCGGGUUACUUAUUCUGAAAUAAUUCAAUCUCGACGCAACAAAGAUACCAUAACAGUGGAGCAUCAUUAUCGGGUGGAUGUGUUUAAUGCAGUCGCGGAUAAGCAAUUGCAAGAGCUAAAUAGUCGCUUUAGUGAACGAACAACAGAGCUACUUACUUUAAGUGCGUCUUUGAGUCCUAUUAAUGGAUAUAAACACUUUAAUGUGGAAAAUAUUUGUCUCCUUGCAGAGAAAUACUAUCCCGAGGACUUUUCAGAAAGUUUGUUGGAGACUAGGAAAUCAGUUGCUUAUCCAUUAGUUGAUAGAUUGAUUCAACUUAUUUUGACCCUUCCGGUUAGCACAACAACUACAGAAAGAGCUUUCUCGGCAAUGAAAAUUGUGAAAACUUGUCUUCGAAAUAAGAUCGAAGAUGACUUUCUUUUUGAUUACUUUCUAGUGUAUAUCGAAAAGGAGAUUGCUGGAAAAUUCGAAAUAAAGUCGAUCAUAGAUGACUUUUAUUCUAUGAAACCUAGGAGAGCUCGUGUUAAGUGA